GAGCACGCCCGUCUUUCAACCCCAUUUGCUCGUACUACCUGCAUUUCUGGCACUCGUCUGUGGGGUUCCCCAAACGGACUGGAAUAUGGGGUUGAAAAAUAUAUAAGCUUCUGCAGGCGACCCGAGUCUUUGGAUACACUGCUUAUACUCUCCGCUCUCUUUCUGCGGCACACAGGCUGCUUGUAUUGUCCAAUUCCUGGUCGAUUUCUUUUCUACGUCCAUUGCUCCUCAGAAUCCAUGGCGGACGUGAAGGAUACUGCAAUCGACCAUGUCGAGUCCACUCACGAUGGCGCAACAGCUGUCGUUGGAUCGACGGAACUGCUGAAGAACUUCCAGACCCGACAGCAAUCCCUGUCGCGCAAGGAAGCAGUCAAGGAGCACUGGAAGUCGCUCGCGUGGUGCUUCUUCAUGUUCUAUACCUGCAUCAUGUUUGGUUUCGAUUCGCUUGCUGGAGGUGUUGUAGUCUCCAUUGUAGAGUUUCGAAAGGACUUUGGACAUCCAUUUGCCGGAGACUAUGUUGUUGACGCCAAUUGGCAGCUCGGGUUCCAAGCGGCGACGCUGUUCGGCAUCAUCUUCGGCGGUUUGAUCACAGGAUUUGGGGUUAACAAGUUUGGUCGCCAGCCUUGCAUUCUCGUUUCCUACAUCAUCAACACUGGCGGUAUCUUUCUUCAAUUCUUCGCCACAACACCCGCACAUUUCUUCGGCGGAAAGAUCCUCACUGGUAUCCCCCUUGGUUGCUUUACCACCGUUGCGCCUACCUAUGCCUCCGAGAUGGCUCCCCUCAACAUCCGCGGUGCCAUCACUGCAGGAAUGAACUUCGCCAUUGUCCUCGGACAGCUCAUCGGAUAUGGCGUGAUGAGAGAAGCGAGUUUCUACACCGGAAAGAUGUCCUACCGUAUUCUCUUUGCUACCCAAUGGGGAUACGUCGCUUUGGGUCUCCUCAUCCUUCCAUUCUUCCCUGAAUCUCCAUACUGGCUCGUAGCCCACGGCAGGCACGAAAAGGCACGACACAACAUCGCCAAGCUACACGCGCCCGACUACGAUGUUGACGGUCACAUGGCUGAAGUGCACGAGUCGCUCGCACGUCUGAACCAAGACGACGAGUCUCAGGGCUCGAUCGCGGAAUGCUUUUCCAGGAAAAACAUCAUGAGGACAAUGGUUGCCACCGGGGUCUUCUUUAUCCAAAAUGCCAGCGGCAGCGUCUGGGUCAUUGGAUACAUGAGUUAUUUCAUGCAGUUGGGCGGAAUGUCAGCUGCAAGGUCCUUCGAUGCCACCGUCGGAAUGUCCGGGCUCAUGGUUGUCGGAAACAUGGCUGGAUGGUUCUUCGUUGAGAAGUUUGGUCGUCGCGGGACGGCUUUGUACGGAUCGGCCAUGCUGGCUGCGACGCUUUUCGUCAUUGGUAUUCUCGCUGUCGUCAAGACUCCUGGUGCCAUCUGGGGUCAAGUCGCAUUAAUGGCUGUAUGGUCUUUCGUCUAUCAAGGAACUAUCGGCUGCGUUGCAUGGACGAUCAGUACAGAGACGCCUACAUCGCGUCUCCGAGCGCCGACCCAGUCUCUCGCCACGAUGAUGAACGGUCUUUCAUCCUGCAUCUGGUCUUUCUCCCUUCCGUAUGCUAUCAACCCCGAUCAGGGUAACUUGGGAGGCAAGAUCGCUUUCAUAUUCGGCUCCGUUAUGGCGCUCUCGUUCGUGUUUAUCUUCUUCUUCAUCCCCGAGACCAAAGGGAGGACGUACAUUGAGUUGGACGAGCUGUGGUCGCGCGGCAUCCCCGCAAGGAAGUGGUCGAAGAUUGAGGUUGUGACUGUGGCAGAGGACUCGAAGACUGCAGUCUCUGAACACUGAAAAGGGGUUGGAAUCGGUUAUAGCAUCUCUGUUGGAUGCUAAAACACAAGUGAUUG